UUUUAAAAUUUGUAAAUGUUUCCCAACUGUUGUUCGAGUAAUUGUUGAAAGUGGAGCUAAAGAAAUAGAAGAAGAAACUGAAGAAAGAAUAAUUACAAGUAGUAGCAGUACAAGUCAACUUCAAUUAAAUAAUUAUAAUAAUAAAAAUAUAUUUACUACAAAACAUUCCCUUACAAUUAUGGCUAGUAGCAGCAGCAGUAGUAGUGGAGGAAUAUCUAGAUUUAGAAUAAUUCCAGUAAAUAGUAAUUAUUAUAAAAAAGGUCGGUGGCAAGUUUGGGAUUAUUAUAAUGAAGGAAUUGUUGAUAAAAAGACAACAACAAACACUAAUAAUAUUCUCCAGCCAAAGGAGAAUAAAAUUGGAAAAGUAAAAGAAAGGGAGGAAGAGGAACAAAAAAAUGAAAAUGAUAUUUCUCCAAAAAUUGUAAAUACUUCUUUUAAUUAUGAAAAUGAAUCAAAAAUAAAUCCUCCACCUCCAUCAAUUCUUUCACUUCAAAAUAUUCCUACUUCAACUUCACAAAAAUUAAUGCCUCGACGUAAUUCUUUCCAAUUAAUUACAAUAAAAACUUUAGAAGAUAAAAACUCUUUAAAUUCUGUACCUUCUUCAAUUUCUGAAGAACGUCUUAAUUUAAUUGGUGUCAAUGAUAAUACAAAAGAAAAUAAUUUAAUUAAAGAUUGGAUUAAACAACAAAAUUCUUCUUCAGAAUUUAUUACAUUUCCACCUCCCCAUCAAAAUAAUAAAACCCCCCAAAUUGUAGAAGAACCUCCACAAAAGUUAUCAGAAUUUCCAUCAUACCCACUUUUAACUAAUCAUCAACCUAUUUCAAUAGAAUCUACUACAACAACUAAUUUAGUAUCAACAAUUUCUUCUCCUUCUCCAAAUUCUUUAUCACCAAAUAUUACUAAAUCAAUUAGUACAUCCCCUCCCCCACCAAAGCAAAUGUUUAUCCAACCACCACCUCCUUCUAGUUUAGAACGUCAAUUAUCCAUUGGAUUAAAUGAAAAAGAAAUUAAAGAAAAUAAUUCCCCGCAACAACAACAAUAUUUUUCUGCUUCUUUUGGGCCUGGACAAAUUCAAUUUAAUGGAAAUAUGAAUGGAGUUGGAGGGCAAAAUUAUGUAGAGGAAAGGAGAAGGUCUAUUGCGAGACGGUGGGUGUUAAAAAAUAAAAUUUUAUUUAAGGGAAUUUUAAGGGAUAAAUUGAAUUUUAUUUUAUUUAAGAGAAUUAAAUUUUAG